AAAACGGCUACAUUGUACUACAGGCACAUUGAAUUCAAUGUAGUUACACACAGCCACGGUAGCUAGUAAUCAGGACUUAAUUAGCGACCUGGAUUUCUAACCGGAGAUGUUGUUAGAUGUGUCGGUAGGGUGUUUAGAAAGCUCUCUCUUCCUCAUGUCAGUCACAGUCGGACAGUCCCGGAGCUAACUCGCGGUGUACGGGGGCGUUCAGCCGACAGCAAAACUUCUGCAAAGACUUAGUUCAGAGUUUAAAUCCACGCUAGAACUGCCAAAAUGGAGAUCCACGAAGGGGCAGCAGCGGCGGCGGCAGCAGCAGCAGGCGACAGCGUGCUCGACUUUUCUCGUUUGAACCUGAACACUUUAAGCGUUGACACAAUCAGCGACGAGAGAAAAAGAGACACUAAACAACUCUACCUGAACUACAACCGGCUGACCUCGCUGCCCUCAUCCGUCAGCCUGUUCUGCAGCCUGGAGUUUUUGGACAUCAGCAACAACGGACUGUCGGCCAUCUGCGAGGGCAUCACGAAGCUCACCAGGCUGAAAACACUCAUAGCCAAGAACAACCGCCUGGACGAGUUCUCGCUGCCCAAAGACUUCGGCUCCCUACAGCUGGAGGUGUUGAACUUUAGUGGGAACCGAUUUGUGGAGAUCCCGCUGCAGUGUAUGAAACUGCUGCGUCUGCAGUCGCUUUCAGUGGGCGGAAACAGACUGAGGAGUAUACCUGCAGAGAUAGAGAACCUAACCAGUUUGGAGCUGUUGUACUUGGGUGGAAAUCUAAUCACAGCUAUUCCUCCAGAAGUGGCGAACCUGCCCUACCUCAGCUACCUGGUGCUGUGUGACAACCGCAUCCAAAGUGUCCCCCCACAGCUCACAAAGCUCUACUCGCUGAGAUCUUUAAGCCUUCACAACAACUUGCUCACGUACCUCCCGAGGGAGAUCCUCUGUCUGGUGCACCUGCAAGAGCUCAGCCUCCGUGGCAACCCGCUGGUGGUGCGCUUUGUCAAGGAGAUGACUUACGACCCCCCGUCACUGCUUGAGCUGGCAGGCCGUACCGUAAAGAGCCGGAAUAUUCCCUACUACCCCCGGGACCUGCCCUCCAACCUACUGUACUACCUGGACCUGGCCAGCAAGUGCCCCAACCCUAAAUGUGCAGGUGUCUACUUCGAUUCCUGCGUGCGGCAGAUCAAAUUUGUAGAUUUCUGUGGAAAGUACCGGCUGCCCCUCAUGCACUACCUGUGCUCCCCUGAAUGCACUUCACCCUGCAGCUCAAACCCACAGAGCGACGCCGACUCGGAGGACGAGAGCAGCGUGCCGGCGUACCGCCUCCAGAGGGUGCUUUUGGGAUAGCCCGAACACGGAGUAGACCCUCUGGCCAGCGUAGCCGUGUCAGUCUGUCACUGUUAAACAUUCAUACAGGGAUGAACCUCACUGCAAGACGGAUAAUCACAAAAACACAACCACACAAACUCAAGAACUGAUACUGCUUUACAGACAUUCUCAGUGGCUGUAUGUGAUGCACAAAAUGUGAGACAACCAUUCUAACUUCUGCAAUUUGUGGCUAUUUUUUUUUAAAGAAAUCUAUCCCUUGUCUCAAAUCAAUCUACACAUCAGGAUUCGAGGGAAACCUUUGCUUUUUUUCCACAUAGCUAUGCAAAUCAGUCUUUGAGUCUUUUGGCCCCAAAGGCAUUUUUCACGGUCGAGUGACAGAGGACGGUUUAACUCAGUGAAGACUAAAGGAGCCAACGGAUUCUUUUAUUUUUCAGGGCAGCGUUCUUUAUCUUUAGAAAACAUUUGGUGCUUCUUGGUGGCUGCAGAAGAUUGUUCGGGAGUUUUUUCUGGAUCUUUGGAUGAAUGCAUUUUGGGUUUUUGUGUAGCUGCUGACAGCACGCAUGGUCUGCUUUUACCUUGAUGAGCAUCAGAGCUGCUACGCCAACAUGAAAUGAAGUCUGAGGUUCAUGAAAUGUUUCAGCAGCAGCAGCAGCUUCAACAUAACUUUAGCACCACUAUUCUGAGUUAUUCUCAAUUUACAGAGAACGAUGUGUGAGUUGGCCUUUUUUUACUCACUGUGUGGGAUUUCUGGGUGAAAGGUUUCCUGCAGUAAAGCUGCUCCACGCCCGCUGCAAACCAACCUUGAAAAAUGUUUGCCUUUUAUAGCACAGUUGUUUUAAUUUGACCCACACUAUGGGCCAUGGGAAUAUGUGGAGAAGGGGCUUACACACAGGAAGUGGACGUGGGUUGGACCGGGGAAAACUCUUCACAAUGCUCGCACAGAAACAAUAGCUACUGAACAAAACGGUGUUCAGGUCUAUGUCUGGGGCUGUUGAGAAUAAGGCUAAAUAUGUGUGAAUAGAGUCAACAGACAAACAGUUAAUCUCUGACAGAAACAACACAUCAAACAGAAAAAUGACUCUUUAAGCUGUAGGAUAUUUAACAGCCUGUUUCCAUCAUUAAGGAGAGAGAGGUGCUCCUAGCUUUACCAUCAUGUUCACAAAACAGAAGAGGACGCCCCUUUCUUUGUUACAUUAAUACCUGAACUAAAACAUUAAGUGCCUUACUAACAUGAACCUCUGACAGUGAGGCAGAUAAUCAAACAAUGUGAUAUAUGCACCCUGUAAUGUGACAAGAUUAACAUAAUGAAUGAUAA